UACCAACUGUCAGUGUCCAUCAAUGCCACCCCUCAGUGCUCAUCAAUGCCACCUGCAAAUGCCCAUCAGUGCUACGUCCAUGCCACAUAUGAGUGCCUACCAGUGCACAUCAAUGCCACAUAUCAGUGCCCAUUUGAGCUGCCAGUCAGUGCCACCUAUCAAUGUUAGCCAGUGCCUACCCAUCAGUGCUGCCUAUCAGUGCCACCUAACAGUACCAGUCAGUGCCACCUAUCAGUGCCAGUCAGUGCAACCUAUCAGUGCCUUAUAUGAGUGCUGCCUUUCAUUGCCCAUCAGUGAUGCCUGUCAAUGCCCAUCAGUGCCACCUACU